AUGGUCGUUACCUUCCCUAUAGAGACGCCAGCCCAAAGGCAGGUCUUGGGCGUGGCUAUCGCUUUCUCUAUCCUCUCUGUGGCAGCAGUAUGUCUGCGACUGCUAUCUCACCAUCUUGCGCGUAAAAAAUGGACAUUGAGUGACUAUUUGAUAAUUGCCGCCGGUAUUUUAGCCGUCGGUCUCCAGUCCAUUAGCAUCACCGGCGUAAUACAAGCAGGCAUCGGCUACGGCCAUGUCAUUACAAUUGCGGGCACAUAUGGAACCGAGCCUAUCACCAAACUCCUUCAGCUGAUCGUCCCAUUGCAAUUUCUCUGGGUUCUGAGUCUCAGCUGUACAAAGAUUUCCAUAUUAUCCUUAUAUCUUAGCAUCUUCCCCGUCACUUGGGUCGUGCGAAUCUCUUGGAUAACAAUGGGUGUGAUUGUAGCCUGGACUAUUGGGACAAUCCUGGCUGGAUGUCUGAUAUGUCGGCCCUUCGCUUUCAACUGGGACCAGACUAUUCCCGGAGGAUCGUGUGGUAACCAGGUUACCUCAUUCACGGUGACCGGAGUUAUCAAUCUUAUUACCGAUAUUGUUGUGCUGGUGACACCUAUGCCCCUGCUAUAUAAGUUGCAAAUGGCUAGGUAUAAGAAAGUGACGUUUAUCACAAUCUUCGGACUGGGAGGCGUCACAUGUAUUAUCAGCAUCCUUCGUAUCUCCAUGCUCUCCACAAUGGACUUCACCGACAUCACCUACUCGAUUCCCCGUGCCAACAUCUUCAGUGGUCUGGAGCCUUGUCUCGCCGUCAUCCUCGCUUCGAUCCCUAUGAUGCGGCCCCUCCUAGGGCGUUCAACAUACACCCCCGAGGUAACAGCCCACCCGUCAAAAAAGUCUUCGCCCCCAUCUGGAAGGUCUAGGUCUGCUGGCGAUAGUGAGUUCCGGCCGCUUCAGGAUGACUCGAGUGAGCUGUGUUUACGGCCAAUCGGGCCAAAGCAUGAGGUCAGCAUCGCAGUUCAAACCCUCCCAGAGACGAGAGGGAUACCCCGUGGAAGCGAGGACUCCUUCGAAGCCGGAGAGAGCAGGGGUAUGGAUCAGAUGCAGAAAGGAGGCUGGAUUAUUUCAGUAAAGCAAGAAUGGGCUGUGUUGCAUGGGCGGAAGUAA